UACGUAUUUGAUGCUUGAAAUAGAUUAUACAAGUGGUUAUAUUCAUAUUUUACCUUAAAAUUUUGUAUAAAAUAAGAAUAAAAUCUACGAAAUAACAAGUUUUGCAACUAAUUAAAUUUGGUAAACAAACUUUGAAAUGAAACAAACAACAGUUGUUUGUUUUAUGUAUAUACCGUUACAUUUUAGCAAUAGGGAAUGAAAAAAACACCUUAAACUUAUAAUUGUUUGUUGGAUUCUUCAUACAUGUAUGUGAACUCUACUGGCGAUAGAUUUAUCAGGGGUAGAUAAAAUCUACCACUUUUUGGACCCUUCUACCACCCUUCUGCUGGCCUGUCUGAAUCUACCGCUUUCAAGAAAAAAGUAAGGGAAAAAAAACAACAUAAAAUGAAGUCCAGUUAGGUCAUAAAAUUGCAAAAUGUAACUGAAGGACUCUGGUCACACAUUGCUGGCCACAGAUUUUAACACGUGUGUCUGCCAUGUUCCUGCCAAUUAGCAUAAUCAGUGAUUUUUGGUCCAUUGUUUUCUUAACAUCCAUCAAAGGAUGCCAAGCAAUGGACGAUUUUAUGGUGUGGGGGCCAGAAAAGUAAUAUUGUCACUUUUGAAGACACCGACAUGCAGCCAAUCACAGGUGUGUUGAGAUAGUCAGUCAUGGAUGAAAGAGUUUAAGGGAAUAAACAGGAGUUCAAAGGGAGCGGAGUAUGCCUUCUGCAGUGUGUGUGCAAUAGACUUAAAAGUGGCCCAUGGUGGGAGAAAUGACAUUAAAAAACUCUUCUCCACUGAGAGCCAUAAAAAAAAUGAAGUGGUUGUCAUCUGGAACAAAGCCAUUAGCUGCUAUUUUUUAAUUUCCCGAACGAAAUAGUCAAAACUACAACAGCCAAGGUUCUUAUGACAAACUUCCUUGUUGAGGACAACCUGCCCUUCCUCGUGGCGAACCAUUUACGGAUCCUCGUGAAAAAGGCAUUUCCCGAAUUGGCGAUCACCCAGCAAUACAGCUGCAAGAGGACCAAGUCUAAGCACAUCGUGAAUGAAGCACUUGGGCCCCAUUUCCAGCCAUCAGUCGAGAAACUCUGUCGCGAGAACAAGUUCAGUACAAUGAUCAAUGUCAGAGUCCAAUUAUUGGGGAGACAACAAACUCCUAGCGGUGCUCGUGCGUGUGCAUGAUGACAUAGUGCAGCUUGAAGAGACACACAUACAUGGUAUUCCAAGGCUCGGGGUGUUAUGGACAUUGGCUGCAUAUGUCACCUGGCCAACAUAUGCAUUGUGAAAGCGGUCAAAUUGUUGCAGCUCCUUGUAGAAGACCUCCUGGUUGACGUCUACUACCAUUUCCAGAAAAGCAUGAAGUGUAAGAAGAUACUGAGGUCCUUCCAAGAAUUCAUGGACACUGAGCCAAGCAAGAUCCUGAAGCACUGUCGGAUGCGCUGGCUGUCCCUCGAGCUUUGUGUUGUUCAUGUGCUAGAUCAGUGGCCCGCACUGCGGAGCUACUUCGAGAGCCAUGAUGAGAUUUCAACAAGCAGUUUUAGACCGGCAGCAGUCAGUUGGGCGUGAUGGACAGCGAGAUACGUCGUCUGCAGUCUUCUUGGAAAAUUUGUGCAAACCAAGGUAAUCUUGGCUACCUCAGACAUCACGAAGGUCCACUACACAUCGCCUUCAUCAGCUCGAGGACAACAACAUAGCUUUAGGUUGGCGCGCUCGCCAGUUCCUCGAGGAACACGACGUUGCGCCCUACACAACGGACAAAUUCUUCAGGCUGGCAAAACAAAUAGCAAGAGCCGAAACAUUUUCCAAAUCUAUGCAAUGGCUGACAACAACUCGGAGCAAUAUGGUUUUGUAACACAAAGCCUCCGAGAACUGAGUGUGGAAGAGGAAAUCAAGCUAGAUAAAGACAAAAUGUUGGUGUCUGAUUUUAAACAAAACAAGUUUGAGAAAGAGGCCCAGAAAAAUUGGGACUUGUUUUACAAAAGAAACACUACAAAAUUCUUCAAGGAUAGACAUUGGACUCAGAGAGAGUUUGAAGAACUUGCUCAAGCUAAGGAGGAGAAACUUGUCAUUUUGGAAGUAGGAUGUGGAGUUGGGAAUUUCAUGUUUCCUUUGCUGGAAGAAAUGAAAACAGUGUUUUUCUAUGCUUGUGAUUUUUCAAGGAGAGCAGUUGAAUUUGUUAAGGAGAAUGCGAAGUAUGACAGCUCGAGAUGCCUUGCUUUUCACUGUGAUGUCACAGAGGACAACAUUGGUGAAUAUGUCUUAGACUCUAGCGUGGAUGUGGCCACUAUGAUCUUUGUCCUCUCUGCAAUACACCCUGACAAAAUGUUGGCAGCAUUGAAGAAUGUAGCAAAGGUCCUAAAGCCAGGCGGGUGUUUGUUGUUCCGAGAUUACGGUCUGUAUGACCAUGCCAUGCUGAGGUUUUCCCCAGGUCACAAACUUGCUGACAACUUCUAUGUGAGGCAGGAUGGCACACGGGCUUACUACUUUACCACAGACAAGAUGAAAGCAUUGGCUGAAGAAUCUGGACUUGUAGUGAGUUCAUGUGAAUAUGUGCACAGACAAACAGUGAACAAGAAGGAGGGUCUGUGUGUCCCAAGAGUGUUUGUGCAGGGAAGGUUCUUGAUGUCUCCUGGGGGCGUGAGUGCUAGGGAUGGUGAGGUCCAAGAUAGUGCAAUCAGUUGUGAUCAGGAAACAGACAAAGAUUCUGCUUCAGGGGAUGCCAUUAAGGAAAUGGCCUAUAGCAGAGCAGUGUCUGAUUCAUGCAAGUUAAUAGAUGUAUCACGGGAAGAAACGUGACUCAAUCUUGUACAUGCAUAAUUGACAUCACGCCGAUUACAAUAAGGAUACACCUACAGUGUCACGUGACCCCAUAGUGAAGGGCCCUUCCACAUGAACAAGGAAGCAUACGAUAUUUUAAAAGAAUUUAUACUUGACAAUCAGAUAAAAAAUGCAUGUAACAUGGUAAAGCAUAGCAAUAAAAGCAAGUAUUACAUUAAAUUAGUAAAUUAUUAUUAUUAAUUAAAUUCAAUGUUUGAUUUAGGUAAAAAUAUUUUAAUGUCUAAACUUUAAAAUAAUUAAUUUCUAAAUAACAUAGGAAUUUUGUUAAAAUAGAAAGGCCUUAAAUUUAGGGAAACAAAACAUGUAUUAAUUUCCUUUACGAAAGUCAACAAUAAAUGACGUUUGUUUAGAUCAAAUGGAUUAUGCUGUUUUUCUUCCUUUCUCCAUUAAAAAUCACCUUUUAUAUAAGUUAAGUGAAUUAUUAACUCGACUAUUCAAAGAAUAAGGAGAGCUAUACUACUCACCCAAGCGUCGGUGUCUGUGUCACACCUUGGUUUAGGUUUUGCGUGCAAGCACACUUAGGUUAAUAUCUCAGCAUCUACUUGAGGUAUUGCAUUGAGACUUUAUACAAUGGUACUCAACCAUCUAACCUACUUAAUUAACCAAGUUAGAUAACUCUAGUUUGCAUUUAAUGCUAAAAAUAGGCCUUUAUUAUUUUACUUAGAAAUUCUGGUUAAGGUUUUGCAUGCAAGCACACAUAGGAUAAUAUCUCAGCAACUACUUGAGGUAUUACAUUGAGACUUGAUACAAUGGUACUCAACCAUCCAACCUACUUAAUUAACCAAGAUAGAUAACUUUAGUUAGCAUUUAAUGCAAAGGAUUGCCCUUUAUUAUUUGACUUAGAAAUUCUGGUUAAGGUUUUGCGUGUAAGCACACAUAGGUUAAUAUCUCAGCAACUGCUUGAGGUAUUACAUUGAGACUUUAUACAAUGGUACUUAACCAUCCAACCUACUUAAUUAAGCAAGUAAGAUAACUCUAGUUUGCAUUUAAUGCAAAAUAAUUGCCCUUUAUUAUUUUACUUAGAAAUUCUGGUUAAGGUUUUGCAUGUAAGCACACAUAGGAUAAUAUCUCAGCAACUACUGGAGGUAUUUCAUUGAGACUUGAUGCAAUGGUACUCAACCAUCCAACCUACUUAAUUAACCAAGUUGGAUAACUUUAGUUUGCAUUUAAUGCAAAUGAUUGCCCUUUAUUAUUUGACUUAGAAAUUCUGGAUAAGGUUUUGCGUGUAAGCACACAUAGGUUAAUAUCUCAGCAACUGCUUGAGGUAUUACAUUGAGACUUUAUACAAUGGUACUUAACCAUCCAACCUACUUAAUUAAGCAAGUAAGAUAACUCUAGUUUGUAUAUAAUGCAAAAUAACUGCCCUUUAUUAUUUGACUUAGAAAUUCAGGUUAAGGUUUUGCAUGUAAGCACACAUAGGAUAAUAUCUCAGCAACUACUUGAGGUAUUACAUUGAGAUUUUAUACAAUGGUACUCAACCAUCCAAUUUACUUAAAUAACCAAGAUAGAUAACUCUAGUUUGCAUUAAAUUCAAAUAAUGGCCCCUUUUUUAUUCGACAUAGAAAUUCUGGUUAAGGUUUUGCAUGUUACCAGUUUUAAGUCAAUACCUCAGCGAAUACAUCAUGUAUUGCAUUGAAACUUUACACACAGGCUCCCAACCAUUUAACCUUCAUUUAAUCAAGGAAGAUAACUAUAUCUUUCAUAUUAUAUAAUUUAAUAAUAAUUUUUGCCCCUUUAUGAUGCGACUUACAAAAAAAUCUGGUUAAGGUCUUGCAUGUUAGCACACAUAGGAUUAUAUCUCAGCAACUACUUGAUGUAUUGCAUUGAGACUUUAUACAAUGGUAUUCAACCACCCAACCUAAUUGAAUAACCAAGUUAGAUACUGUAUUUUGCAAAUAAUGGCCCUUUAUUAUUAGACUUAAAAAUGCUGGUUAAAAUUGUGCAUGUAACCACAUUUAUGUUAAUAUCUCAGCACAUCAUGUAUUGCAUUGAAAGCUGAUCUAACAGUGAUCCAUGCAUGUUUGGCAAAAACUUUUCAAUCCUUACACUGAAAAAGGGCGGAAUAGUCGAGCGCGCUGUCUCUGUGACAGCUCUUGUUAAUAUUGAUAUAACUACCUUCAUGUUUAUCUCAAUGAAUUAAUAUCCAUAUUAAAUGAAAUGCAAAUCUGUUCUUACAAGCAACAUAAGAGUAGAAAUGAUCAUAGUCAUUAUAAAUGCGCAGGUUUAUACAUUGCUUUGCGUCAUUUACUAAGAUGUUUUUGUUUUAUCUAUACGUUUAUACUAUUUGUGACCUUUAGCUAAAUGAUAUUUGAACUUUUAUCUGAAUUUAAUAAAAAAAAAAUGUAACUCAAAUUAACUGAAAUGUCUUUUUCACUAACAGUAUAUCCAAACAAACUUAAAAGCAAAGGUAUAUGCUUCGGAUUUACGACUUUACGCACAAAAAGGAAAUCAAAAUCAAAAUAAAUCACAAGAUGUCGUCAACAUUUAACACUAAUACUCAAAAUGAUAUUUUUUAUUUUAAGACUAACGGAAAGGAUACGUAUAUUACAUUAAGAACUUGGAGGGUUGAAAUAGUCUACCGAAAGGUCACUUUGUUAUCAAACAAAUUUCAAAAAAUGCAUAAUUUGAGCAGCAAUAAGGGAAAAUGUCAGUAUUAUGGGUUUCCUUUAUUGUCUUUACUAUCUCUCAGUUGUAAGAAAGAUAUUUUUUGUUUAAUAUAAGAUAGAAAACAGAGUAUUUGCAUAACUGUUGAUACGUGCAGAUCGUCGCAGGUCAUGGCUGAUAGCAACGGGCAACUGAUAAGCCCCGCCUACUAUGGACGCUGAUUCAGGUCAAUCGGGUAUCGUCCGGCCACUUUGACUGACAGGCCGCAUCAUGUUCAUUAUGUUUGAAAUGUUGUAUAGGAGGAAUGAAAAGAGAAUCCGAACAGUGGAGACUGGCAUAAAAUGGUAUUGAUAAAAUAAAAAAAAUUGUAUGAUCUGGGAAAAAAAAUGAACCAUAGUAUUUAAAAGAAAGCUAAUGACAGUAAUGGUUGGUUCUUGUAUUAACUAGUGCAUUAUUAUUACUUGUAUUUGUUAGUCAUACAUGUAAGGUCUUCAACUUGGUGUUUUCACAUCUGCAUUCAGUCAUAUUACUUUUCGGACCUGGUAAUAAAUGGACAUGUAUUAACCUAUUAAUUUAAUAUUUGAUUAACAGCAUCACUGAUCAGCCAGAUAUCUAUACCAAUAUUGAAUAUCAUGAUUGAUAAAUACCUUACCAACAAUUUAGUCGAGCAAACAUUGCCAGUCGGAAUACACAAGUACGUUUAAUGGUGAACAGUAUCAUCCCUGUAUAUACUUUACCAGCAUCAAUCAUACUCUGGAAUGAUAGAGAACUGUUAAUUUUAUGUUUAACGUAAGAGCGAACUUGAAAUCUUGCCCAAAAAAGGCAAUUAAGCGUGUAGUAUAAAAUUAUUAUAA